AUACCCACAUCUGCCUGCGAGUAGUCGUUACUAGUUUGACUAAACACCAUUCUUCCCACCGUGUUGAUCUCGCCUCAGCCUUGUCUACCCAACGUUUCCGCCUUCGACUACCUCCCCCCGGGCUCCUGUGCAUCUGUGCAUGAGAAACGCGCUUCGUCUCCCUUGUCACAAUGGAUAAGAGUGGGACAGGCGCGCCUGUCCAGAUCCAGUCCAUUGACGAGCCCGGAUUAAGGGCUGAGGGCGACCUCCUCGUGUCCAUGCGCAGAGAGGUCGCCAACCUCCUCGGCCGCAAUGCUAUCGGAUUUCCGGGCGCCCAACCCGUCAGUUUUGCCCGAAGGCAUCUCGAAGAGUUGCACCGUGAAGACUACUACGUAUGCGAGAAAUCGGACGGCAUGCGCUACCUGCUAUACAUGACCGAGGGCGACGAGGGCCAAGAGGUGCACUACUUCAUCGACCGGAAAAACGACUACUGGUGGAUCGACCGUGGCAACCUCCACUUCCCCCUCCCUAGCGACCGCAUGAAAUUCCACACCGCCACCGUCUUGGAUGGCGAGCUCGUCAUGGACACCCUCGACGACGGACGCAAGGAGCCGAGAUACCUCGUCUUCGAUUGCUUGGUUAUGGACGGGCAAGUGCUUAUGAACCGCGAGCUCGGCAAGCGCUUGGGCUACUUCCAGGAGCAGGUGCUCAAACCAUACAAGAGGCUCCUCGACGAGUUCCCGGGCGAGCGACAGUACCAACCCUUUUUCGUAGACCCUAAGUCCAUGCAGUUCGCCUAUGGCAUUGAAAUGAUGUUUAAGGACGUGAUCCGCAACCUCAAACAUGGCAACGACGGGCUCAUCUUCACUUGUUUGAAGAGCGAGUACAAACCGGGCACGGACCCGCAUAUUCUUAAAUGGAAAGAUGCCGAGGAGAACACUGUUGAUUUUGUCUGGAAGUUUACUUUCCCGAUCGUCGAGCCCGACGAGUUCGACCGUGCCGACGGCAUCACCCAGCCCUUCACCGAUUGGGAGGCCGUACCAGCUGUGCAGCUCUUCGCUCACCACGGAGGCGGCUGGCCAAACGGCUACCAGUAUUACGCCGAUCUGCACCUUGAAGAGUCCGAAUGGGAGAUUCUGAAGGGGCUUGGUGAUCCUCUGGACGAGCGCAUCGUUGAGGCCUACAUGGACUCACAGAAGCGGUGGCGCUUCUCACGCUUUCGCGACGACAAGAACGAGGGUAACCACAUCAGCGUCGUGAACAAUGUCAUCGAGAGCAUCCGUGAUGGUGUAACUCAGGAGGAUCUACACAAUGCUGCGAGAAGCAUACGAGAUAACUGGAAAGCGCGAGACCAACAGCGAAAGGCACGCUGAGUGGGCGCACUAUCACGGUCUAUUGUGAGGAGUUGUGUUUGCCUAGUACAGAACCUGACGAUAGGUGAUUUUUCUUUCUUGCCAUGUUUUCUU